GACGCGUCAGUGUGGGGAAAGUGUUGACAGUACAGUGCAGGAAACCAGCCAACUACGGGCUGCUUGACAUUUUUUCGCUUUUGCUUCUCGGACAUUGAAACAACUAUCACAAGCGCUGUGUGUCGUAACCAUGCAGUCUACGGAGGGUGAGACAGACACACUACCUGGUGCUUUAUGACUACGGCAGGAUGAACUGUUUGCCUCUUGUUCUUUAUCUCCUAUUACUUCUUGAUUCUGUGCUCGGUUCCCUUCUUGCUCCGGUCAAUCUUUCUAUCAACUCUCUCAACUUCCACCAUGUGCUGCGUUGGGAUCCUGGUCCCGGCACGCCACCAGGAGCAAGCUACAAGAUCAUCAGGAGGGUGAACCAAAAAGAUGUCUAUAUGCCUACUAACAGAACAUUAAAGAUAAGAUCAUUUAAGAUAAGACUUCCAGAAUACAACGUGGAUUAUGUCCUGACUGUCCGGGCGUACUACAACCAAAGCGAGUCUCCAGACUCCAGAAAACUCUUCUUCAACCCUUCCAGACACACCAAAAUAGGUCCUCCAAAAGUCUCCCUGACUGGAUGUGGAAACUGCAUCCAAAUCAACAUUUCACUCCCUAAAGCUGAACAUGGCUCAAGAAUCAAGAAUCAAGAUAUGAAGCCAUUAUUAAAUCCUGUAUACGAAGUCUUUUGGAGGAAACCUAAAGGAGCUUUGAAGUCCAUCGAAACAACAGCCAGCCUUUAUAACCUGACCAACCUACAGAUUGGUACGGAGUACUGUGUACUGGUGCACCCGAAGUCGAAUGUGAACAAAAACACCUCACCAUCCGCUUGGAAUUGUACCUUCACUAGCAUUGUGGAACCAAGAGACCUUUUUGUUUUAGGUGCAGUUUCUGGUUCUCUGAUUUUGGCUGUCGGUGUCCUGAUGAGCUCCAUGUUUUGCCUCCACUACACUGGAUUCCUUUGUAAACUGAAUGCUCUGCCCAGAGUACUACAUGAUGCUCUGAGCCACGGCUACACCCUGACACCAGAGAGAACAAUCCCUGACAAUAUCUCCAUCAGCGCAGGGGUGGAGAAACAGAGAAAGCUCAACAAUCCCAGAACUCCACAACCUGCCACCAGGGGCAGUAACUUGGAGGAGGAGGAUGAAGAGGAAAAAGAGGAAGAGGAACACGUCUACAUGGACAGAGCUGUAGAGCUUUCCUCAGGUGAAAGUUCCUGCCAAAACUCUGUUGAUGUGUCGGGGAACAGCAAGGUGGCUGCAUCAGGGGGCUCUGGGAGUUUGACAGUAGAGACAGAGGUACCGGACACAGAGUUUGAGGUUGAGGUCACACGCGGGCGCCUUGAUCGAGACGAGGACAAAGCUGAAGGAGUGGAGGUUUCUCUCAUGCCUGAGGUACAUGUCACAGUUGAAGUGCAUGAGCCGGAGGAUAAGGAGGAAGUGUGUGAGAGCUCAGGCAAUAUAAAUCUGUUCUCAGUUACCCUCGCUGCACUGGCUGUAUGCGAGGAAGGGGAGGAGGAGGAGGAGGAGCAGAAUACAAGAGAUUCUCUCGCAGACUUCUUGUCCGAUAUCGAGCCUCUACUGCCCGCAGACUCAAAAUGGACUUUGGGCCACAGAGACUCACAAACUGAGUCAGAUGAUCAGACAACACAAGAAGACUUCACUGCGACUGGGUCUGAAGGCAGACACGCACACAUUUUUUCCUGUGACGGUGAACAUCAAGAGACACAGGAGGAGGAGGAGGAGGAGGCCUAUAGUACAUCCUUCAUCAAAACUCAACUCUUCAAUCAUACAACCAUCUCAAGUUCACUGAUGGUGUGA